CAUUAUAAUAGAUACAUACAUCUGCAAGUCUGCAGACACAAAUAUCUGGUUAUUAUUAUAUACACAGAAUCGGAUCAAAUUAUUUAGGAUGUGUGUCCAAAGCUGUUUCGUUGGAGCCUUGAAUCUGCUGGUGGUAAUAUCUAGAGGGCAAUUCUUCAACUGGAGGGAAAGAGAGAGAGGGAGGGAAUCAAUGGAGUUUUACACAUACCCAUCUCAUCCUCGGCCUUCAUCUUCAACUUUUUCUUCGUUUUCAUUUGAGAACCUGGUUGACAAGGCCAAGGAAUUCUUCACCUUUGCUAUCUCUUCUUUCAUUGGCAAUGUCUUUUCUGCCAUCUUUACCUUCUUCUUCGCCUUAGUGGGUACCUUAUUAGGAGCAAUGACUGGAGCUUUGAUUGGCCAAGAGACCGAGAGUGGGUUCAUAAGAGGGGCUGCCGUAGGUGCUAUCUCUGGGGCUGUUUUCUCUCUAGAGGUCUUUGAGUCAUCUCUGCUGUUGUGGCAGUCAGAUGAGUCCGGAAUUGGGUGUCUCCUUUACUUGAUUGAUGUGAUUGCAAGCCUUUUGAGUGGUAGACUUGUUCGUGAGCGUAUUGGUCCGGCAAUGCUAAGUGCGGUGCAAAGUCAGAUGGGAGCCAUUGAAGCUGCAUAUGACGAGGCAUCUAACAUUUUUGACCUAGGCGGUUCGAAGGGUUUACCAGGAGAUUCAGUCGAAAGGAUUCCCAAAAUAGUAAUAACUAGUGAUAACAAUGUUGAUGCUUCUGGGGAGAGAGUCUCGUGUUCAGUGUGCCUACAGGACUUUCAGCUCGGUGAGACGAUCAGAAGUUUGCCGCAGUGCCAUCACAUGUUUCACCUACCAUGCAUUGAUACAUGGCUGUUGAGGCACGGCUCCUGUCCAUUAUGCAGAAGGGAUCUGUAGAAUAGUGCCCCAAGCUCUGUAAAUUAUAUAGGAUGCGCCGCUCACCUAAUAAGAUUUUACAAAAGAAAAAGAAAUGAGCAUACAUAAGAGUAUAUUGAGUAGUGUACAUAUUUCAAAUGAGCUUUUAAAUUUUUGGAGGUUCAUUUUGUAGGUUUUGUAUGCUCAUUUUGUAUUAUGAGCAUAGGUUAUGAUACUCAUUUGUAUUCUUUUAAUAUUUAAUAGAAGAGUAUAUUGAGUAGUGUACAUAUUUCAAAUGAGCUUUUAAAUUUUUGGAGGUUCAUUUUGUAGGUUUUGUAUGCUCAUUUUGUAUUAUGAGCAUAGGUUAUGAUACUCAUUUGUAUUCUUUUAAUAUUUAAUAGAAGAGUAUACUCAUUAUGUAAUUACUCAUUUGAUAUCAUUGCUCAUUUGAUAAGUUAUAUAUGUUUAUUUGGUACU